CCUAUUUGCUAUGGAAAGUUUUCAAAAUGAGAGUGGACAGGAGGAUAUUGAUGAUUAUUCUCCUCUGUGGAAAUUUGUAACCAAGGUGGAAAAGGCAGUUGGAGGAGGAAAUGUCACUUGGUCAUGCAAUAUAUGUACUAAAGUGUGCAAAGGAUCAUAUUCGAGGGUGAAAGCACAUCUGUUAAAACAAAAAGGGGUUGGAAUUGCUGGUUGUACAGCUGUUACAAUGGAUCAAAUGAAGCGUAUGCAACAACUUGUGGAUGAUGCAGAAUUGAGAAAGAAGAAUUCUAAACCGAAAGAAGUUUCGUUGCCUUCGUCAUCUACAUCAUCAAACAUGGCUUCAAAAUCAUCAUUUAGUGGUCCUGGUCCUUUGCAAAAUGAUGAUCCAACUCUAACAAAGAAGAGGAAAGGACAACUUGGCCCUCUUGAAAAAGCUUUUAACUUGAAUGCUAGAGAUGAGCUCCACUCUGAAAUUGCGAGGCUCUUUUACACCGGGGGAUUAUCUUUCAAUAUUGCUAGGAAUUCUCAUUAUGUUCGUGUUUUCAGUUUGGCUACUCAACGAACGAUUCCAGGUUAUCUUCCACCUGGAUACAAUUUAUUGAGAACUUCACUUCUUCAAAAAGAAAAAGCUCAUAUUGAAAAGUUGUUGGAGCCAACAAAAACUGCUUGGAAACAAAAGGUGGUUAGUAUUUGUAGUGAUGGGUGGUCGGAUGUGCAAAGAAGACCGCUAAUUAAUAUCAUAGCCGUGUGUGAAAGUGGUCCUAUGUUUUUGAAGGCUAUAAAUUGUGAAGGCGAGUACAAGAUAAAAUUUUCAUCUCUAAGUUGCUCAUUAAUGUUAUAAAUGAAGUGGGGCAUCAGAAUGUUGUCCAAGUAGUCACCGAUAAUGCUCCUAUUUGCAAAGCUGCUGGGUUACUCGUUGAGGCAAAGUAUCCACACAUAUUUUGGACUCUUGUGUUGUGCACACAUUGAAUCUUGCUUUGAAGAAUAUUUGUGCACCAACUGACUCUCUACAAAACAAAGAAGCCUUUGAUGAGUGCAAGUGGAUAGCAGAAGUGGCAAAUGAUGCUUCAAUGAUCAAGAAUUUUAUCCUGAAUCACAAUAUGAGAUUAUCGAUGUUCAACGAUAACUCAAACUUGAAGAUGCUAUCACUUGCAAAUACUCGAUUUGCUUCCACGAUCAUUAUGCUUAAAAGGUUCAGACAAAUCAAGAAAUGUCUUGAAAAUAUGGUGAUUAGUGAAAGAUGGGAUGUGUACAAGGAGGAUGAUGUAGUGAAGGCUAGAGUAGUGAAAUACAAGAUAUUGGAUGAUCAAUUUUGGGAAAAGAUUGAUUAUAUACUUGCUUUCACAAGUCCGAUUUAUGAGGUGCUAAGGAAAGUAGACACUGAUCAACCUUGUCUUCAUUUAGUCUAUGAGUGGUGGGAUGAAAUGAUAGAGAAAAUGAGAGUUGCUAUCUCAAAGGGGGCUCAUAGUGAAGAUUCAAAGUUUUAUGAGGUUGUUCAUAAUAUUCUGGUGGAGCGUUGGAAUAAAAGCAAUACACCUCUACAUUGUUUGGCGCAUUCUUUGAAUCCAAGGUAUUAUAGCCAUGAGUGGCUCCAAGAAUCUCCCAAUCGUCUUCCUCCUCAUAGGGACAUCGAAGUUUCAAGGGAAAGGAAAAAGUGCAUUGAAAGAUAUUACUCCAAUUCAUCCGAAUGAAGAAGUGUCAAUGAGGAGUUUGCCUCUUUUUCAGCUGCCAUUUAUGAUUUUUCUGAUAAUGAUGCAAUGUGUGAUCGAGGUUUGAUGUCUCCAACUAAGUGGUGGGUUAUCCAUGGUGCUUCUGCACCAACUCUUCAAAGUUUAGCUUUAAAGCUACUUGGACAACCAUCUUCUUCUUCUUGUUGUGAGAGAAAUUGGAGCACCUACAGUUUCACACACUCAUUGAAGAGGAACAAGAUAACACCACAAAGAGCGGAAGAUUUGGUGUAUGUUCACUAUAAUCUUCGUCUUUUAUCUAGGAGGAGUCCACAUUAUAGUGAAGGAGAAAGCAAGAUGUGGGAUGUUGGAGCAGAUGGAUUUGAUUCCAUGGACAUGGGAGGGUGCUUCUAUCCUUGAAAUUGCCAAUUUAUAUCUUGAUGAACCUGAGUUGGAGUUAGUCUUAUUUACUGACGAAGGUGGUGUUGGUGAUGAUACAGAUAUGGAUGUUUGAUUUUUUUACUUGUUUAAGAUAGAUUUGGUGUUUUAUAUUUUGUUAUGUUUACUUUUUGUUUGUAAUGGAUAUUAUGAUUGAUGUAAUGUGGUUUUCUAUUC